AACACCACCAAAUCCACCACUCUCAUUUCUGCAAACUAAACCCUAGCUGCGGAACUCAGAACCCUCUCCGCAAUCUUCACUCGACCCAGCGAUUUCCACCGGCAACCAUGGCGGAUGUAGACCCAGAGGUAGCGGCGGGGCAGCCGAAGAAGAGGACGUUCAAGAAGUUCAGCUUCAGGGGAGUUGAUCUCGAUGCUCUCCUUGAUAUGUCCACUGACGACCUCGUCAAGCUGUUGAAUGCACGCGCCAGAAGAAGGUUCCAGAGAGGUUUGAAGAGGAAGCCCAUGGCCUUGAUCAAGAAGCUUCGCAAGGCUAAACGUGAAGCUCCACAAGGCGAAAAGCCAGCUAUUGUGAGAACCCAUCUCCGAAACAUGAUCAUUGUACCCGAGAUGAUCGGAAGCGUACUCGGUGUGUACAAUGGGAAGACAUUCAACCCAGUUGAAAUCAAGCCUGAAAUGAUUGGUCACUAUCUUGCCGAGUUCUCAAUCUCGUACAAGCCUGUGAAGCACGGUAGGCCCGGUAUUGGUGCCACUCACUCUUCGAGGUUCAUUCCUCUCAAGUGAGAUGGUUCUUCGAUCAAUAUUUUGAGUACAUGGGGAAAGAAACUGUUGUCUUUUCUUUAUGAUUCUCUUAGUACCCUUUUUUCUGAAAUUUUAAUCGAAGAUACUAUUAUGUUUUAAACUUUCGAUUUUGCCAAUGUUUAGUUGAUGGAUUAUUAUUAUUAUUUUGUUUAAGUUAAUGUUUGUGGUGGUUGG